AUGAUCGAAAGAAUGGCUCCGAGCGCUCUCGGUGGGAGUAGCAGCAGCAGGAGAGCGCCGCAGCGCCUGUUGCGCGCCAUCGAGACCUACACGGCACGGCACCCCGUUCGAGCAACGCUCAGGGGCCUCGUGCACCACGGCCGCCACGCCAGGAGCAAGUUCGUGUCUCACCACCUCCGUGACCAGCUGUGCGUGAGGCUGUCCCACCAGAUGCGACGGCUGGAGCUUUUCCCCCGACCUGCGGGCGCAAGCACCCACUACCUCGACCAGCUGUUUCGGGUGCACGCCGAUACGUUCCAGGAACUGCGCGAUGCGGGGAGCGUGGUUGAACGAAUGUUGUCGCACGGGACGAGGGAGGACUCUCUGCGGCAGCAGCGGUGUGACCCUCUCGACGACUUUCGCCGCACCGUCGACGCCGUCAACAACAGACACGCCCCGAACGUCGGGGACGUUGACGCUCGAGCCAGCUGCAUUCCGAGCCACGUGCACCACAUCCUGUUCGAGGUGCUCAAGAACGCUCUCAAGGCCACCACUACGGCGCACGCCAGCGUCGCCAAUACGCUUCCCCCCGUACGCGUCCGGAUAGCGCAGGGCAAGAGACAAGUGAGCGUCUGCGUGUCGGACGAGGGCGGAGGUAUGGCCAUGGACACCGCUCGCGACGCCUUCAAGUACCUUUGGACAUCUUCUGAGACGUAUGAUGAGGUGCAAGCGAAGCACGCCGCGAACGCAUCCUUCCAGCCCGCGAUUGACCCCUUGUCCGGCAUGGGCAUCGGGCUGCCCGUGAGCAGAUUGUACGCGCGACACUUCGGCGGCGACCUUCGGAUGCUGUCCCUGCAAGGCCACGGUUGUGCUUUCCAUGCUGGACGCCCGUAGCCGUAGAGACUCGACCCGGCCGUGCGACAUCCUCGCUGGAACAACCGACUAGGGAGGACGCUCUUCACACAUACAGACCAGCAGAACAAAGCGUUCCUCAACAAACCUUUGCCACAGUCCGUGAACGUGUGCAUUUUUUUUUUGUGUACCCCAAUUUUGUAGAAAUACAGAGAGGUAAUGCAGAAGUAUGUGCUUACACUGCAACAGCGUUUUUGCCAUUUGUUCACACUUAUGUUCACUAUUUUCACUUAUUUUUCACUUCUUUCACUCUUGUUCUUUUCCACUUAUAUUUUUGGCUUUUUUUCACUCUUUUAUUGAAUCUUUUCACUUUUUUUUUCAUUGUAGUUGUGAAGCGCUAGCGACCUUCCAUGCUGUGCGACGAUGGCCGAAGAUCCAACCCGUGCGGCCGCCUCGCCGAAACCGUCUCGAUGAUACGCCCUGCUUCAAAACGGAAUAUCACGUGGAUCAGCAGGCUGCCCACCACGCCGAUCAACACCCGCCGCCUUCUUUUUCCUCUGCAACUACACCUCUGCAUCUUUCCCGUUUUUUGCGUACGGCGUGACUGACUGUGCUUGUGUGUGUGUGUUUUUUGCCAUCAUCGCGUUUUUUUCCAGGACGCACGUGGGGUUGUUCCUGCCGAUGGGGUCCGAUGGGGUCGAGAGGUUACCGGGUAGACCCCCUACCCUUGCUGAUUCGGAUCAUCACGUCUAGCAGUGUAGUGUUGUCUUUUUGGUCCGCCGGUGACGUUUGCCACAUAGGACACAUGCCAACAUGUAACUUAGCUUCCCCCAUGACGCCGCCCCGCGGGGA